AUGGCUUCCCGGUGUCAGAAAUGUGGACAACAGGUGCCCAGGAAUCCACCUUUCACUGCUGUCCGGAUAACAGAAGGAGAAAUGAAAUCUUAUCACGAUUUUAUGGGAGGAUGCAUUAGACUGGAGUGCAUGGCAAAGAAAGAUGAAAUCAUGCAGCAGGAGAUACGGCCGCUGGUUGCAGUGGAUAUAAUAGAGCAGCUCCACAGGCAAUUUGCUAUCUUGUCAGGAGGAAGAGGGAAGGAUGGGGCACCGAUUAUAACCUUUCCAGAAUUUGCAGGAUUCAGUGACAUACCUGAUGAAGAUUUUCUGAAUGUGGUCACAUAUCUAACCAGCAUUCCCAGUCUGGAGGCUGCCAGCAUCGGAUUCAUCAUCAUCAUAGACAGACGACGGGACAAAUGGAGCACGGUCAAGGCAUCCCUGACACGGAUAGCAGGAGCAUUUCCAGGAAACCUGCAGCUGGUGUUUGUCCUGCGACCCUCCCGCUUUAUCCAAAGGACAAUAGCUGACAUUGGCAUUAAACUCUAUCGAGAUGACUUUAAAAUGAAGGUACCGAUCAUCAUGUUAAAUUCUGUCUCUGAUCUGCAUGGCUAUAUUGACAAAAGUCAGCUGACCCGGGAACUGGGAGGAACCCUGGAGUAUGGCCACAGUCAGUGGAUACAUCACCGAACUGCUAUUGAAAACUUUGCAAUGACAGUAAAAACAACAGCACAGAUGCUACAGACCUUUGGAACAGACCUAGCAGAGACUGAACUUCCCAACGAUGUGCAGUGCACAGAGGAGCUCCUCUCCGCACACACUGACCACCAUAGCAAGCUGAAGGAUGAGCUGAAACUAGCUGUGAAGCAGGGGGCCACCCUACUGACAUGCAUUAGGGAGCCAGUCACCCGAAGCGCCAACAGCAAACUCAGUCCAGAUGAACUAGAAAAUGUGGCAACGGUAGAAAGGUUGUUGGCUCAGUUGGAUGAAACAGAAAAGGCUUUUGAUCAAUUUUGGACCAAGCAUCACCUAAAACUAGAACAAUGCCUGCAGCUUCGACACUUUGAACAUGAUUUCAGAGAGGUAAAACUGGCAUUGGAUAAUCUCAUGGAAGCACAAGCAGGUUUUGCUGACAUUGGAGACAGUGUGACUCGAGUGGAGCACCUCCUAAGGGAACAGAAACAACUGGAAGAGAAAGGACAGGAACCUUUGGAGAAGGCCCAGUCUUUAGCUCUCCAUGGAGAACAGCUCAUCCAAAACAACCAUUAUGCAGUUGACUCCAUUAGACCAAAGUGUGUUGAACUCAGGCGUAUUUGUGAUGACUUUACCAAUGAGACCAAGAAAAAGUAUGAUAUUUUGGGAAAGUCUCUUGAGCUGCAUAAGCAGUUAGAUAAGGCAAGCCAAUGGUGUGAAGCUGGAAUCUACCUCUUAGCUUCCCAAGCUGUGGACAAGUGCCAGUCACAAGAGGGAGCUGAAACUGCACUCGUUGAAAUUGAGAAGUUCCUGGUAACAGCUAAGGAACACCAGCUCUCUAACCCAAAGGAGUUCUACAAUCAGUUUGACAUGAUCCUCACCCCCGAAAUAAAGGCCAAUGCCCAAAGAAUUCUACAAAAACUAGAAGAUGUACAAGAAAUGUUUGACAAGAGGCAAGUAAGUCUGAAGAAGCUGGCAGCCAAACAGACCCGGCCAGUGCAACCUGUUGCCCCACAUCCUGAAUCUUCCCCAAAGCGAGCAUCACCAAAGAUUACCAGACCUGCAGGAGUAGCUACCAACAGGAGGUCCACAGAAAUUUCCUGCCCUCCAAAGUCCAUUUCUGAAGUAGAGUUAUCAAAAAAGAAGAACAUUAAGAAGACUAAAGGUGGAAUUAAGAUUGAAGUGAUGCAUGAAGCUAGUCAAGGAGGAUCUAGUAGAGUCCUGGUGAUGAGUGAAAGCGAUGAGAACUUGUCAACAAGGAGGAGCCACAUAAUCAAUGAGCUGAUAGAAACAGAACGGGUUUAUGUAGAAGAACUUCAAAGUAUAAUAGAGGGGUAUGCUUCAGAAAUGGACAAUCCCAGUUUAGUACAUCUGAUUCCAUCUGCACUCCAGAACAAGAAGGAAAUUCUUUUUGGGAACCUCCCAGAAAUCUACGAAUUCCACAACAGGAUUUUCCUUAAGGAGAUAGAAAAUUGUAUUGAAAACCCUGAGCUUCUUGCCCGAUGUUUUUUGAAAAGAAAAGAGGACCUCCAAAUAUAUGAAAAAUACUGUCAGAACAAGCCAAGGUCUGAAGCUCUCUGGAGGCAGUGUGGAGACAGCAUCUUUUUUCAGGAAUGUCAGCGUAAAUUGGAUCAUAAGCUCUCACUAGAUGCUUAUCUCUUAAAGCCAGUCCAGAGAAUCACCAAGUACCAGUUGCUGUUAAAGGAAAUGCUGAAGUGCAGCAAGAAUUCAGAGGGUACCGCUGAAUUGGAAGAAGCCCUCGCCACGAUGCUUGAUAUCAUCAAAUCAGUAAAUGACUCCAUGCACCAGAUAGCAAUCACAGGAUAUGAGGGAGACGUCAGUGAGCUUGGCAAGCUGUUGAUGCAAGGUUCCUUCAAUGUGUGGACUGACCACAAGAAGGGGCACAACAAGGUAAAGGACUUGGCUAGAUUCAAACCGAUGCAGAGACACCUCUUCCUCUAUACAAAGAUACUACUUUUCUGCAAGAAACGGGAGGAGAACACAGAUGGCCAUGAGAAGACGGCUUCAUACAGCUUUAAAAAUUCAUUAAAGAUGAGCACUGUGGGCAUUACAGAAAAUGUAAAAGGGGAUAACAAGAAGUUUGAGAUCUGGUAUAAUGGCAGAGAAGAGGUCUAUAUCAUUCAGGCAUCUUCUGUUGAGCUGAAAAACACCUGGAUUUCAGAGAUUCGCAAAGUCCUGACAGGACAACUGGAAGCAUGUAGAGAAGCAAGUCAACUGCACCAAAGAAUCACUGAGAGUGUAUACCAUGCACCAAUGGAUUCCUCCAAUGCAAGCAGGUAUAGCAGGAAGUCGUCAAGUAUAUAUGAAAACAAAUCUGAGACAUCAAACGUGGAAGCAUCUAACAACAAAAACAGGAAUUCCAGUCCCAGCUCCAGACAAAAGAGAGUUGAUGCUUCCACCAGCCUUAACCUUGAGCGCACAGCGCUUGCUAGAAAGCGAUUCACAUUGCAAGGUCUUUCCAACCGCAGAGCUCCACCCAAAGAUCCAGAAUCUAAGGAAAGAGAAGUUACCCGUCGCUUUUCCCUAGCCUCCUCCAUCAGCACCACAGUUAAUGCUUCUGCUGUGACCAAAGGUCCCCUUGUUCCUGCAGUUAAAGUCAAGAGACAUGAAAUAAAGAGUGACCCAACUCCCCUGGGGUUUGAAGAUGCUUUUGAGAACACCAUAUUGGCCCAGACUAAAUGUAAUACCAGUUCCACCACGAGACCUGUACCUAGAUCUGCUUCACAGACAGGUUGGCCCAGCAGGCAAAUGCCAUCUCUAGACACAUUUGAAGAUUUUGAAGCCAUCCCCUCCAGCACAGAUGAACUCUCCAACUCUUCUGACUUGGAGGAAGAGACCAACCCUAACAAUGGGACCAAUCUUUUUCGGGUAGAAGGCAGUUUUGACAGCUGUUUUCCGGAUUCUCUUACACUCGAGGAUGGAGAUUUAGUGCAGUUUGUGCAGGAAGGAGAGAACGGUCAAUGGUUAGUGAAGAAACUGGUCUCCGAGAAAAGCGACUGGGUUCCUUCCAGUAUAUUGCAGCCAGCAGAGGGGGACAGUAACAACAUAAUUAAGAACAGCAAUGCAGACAUGUACAACGAUUCCUGCAGUACGGCCUCAGUAGAGUCAGACACCAAGGAGAGCGAGGUGGCCAAAAGCUUCCCAGCAGAACAGAGGGCUGGCAGCUGA